GCGCGAGAUCGAAAUUUCGUCGUCUGUUGUCACAUGCGAGAAUGAUUCACUAAUGAUGUCAGAAGAUUUCAAUAUUAUAGCAGUUAUUGAGUAUAUUAUCGAUAACUAUAUCAGUAAAUGUAUUUGUACAAGAAUUGAAAUUUGGGAUACUGAUUUAUACAAGAUGGGAUUAUCAUCAUUAUGUAAACUUGCAAAAUUAAAAAAUUCAAUUUCAUUGAUUGAAAAUAAUGAUAUUUGCUCUAAAAAUACUUACUGCAAAUGUGAAAAUUUUAAUAAUGAAAACUUUGACACAAGAAGUUACCCAAACAGCGGACAUGACUUGGAACGUAGUGAAAUUGAAGAAGAAUACAUGGAAGAAGUUCUAGAAGAUCAAAAAUUGAUGUUAGAAUUAGGUUUACCAAUUCAGUUUGGUAAACAGAAUUCUGCAAAAAUGAAGAAGAAAAAAUCAAAUAGUUGUCAGUGUAUGAAGAAAGAAAAAUACAAUGAUUAUUAUUUAAAUGAAUUUCAUCAAGAAACAAAUUAUGAUUAUUCUACAGAUGAAAUUCAUCAAAGUAAGUUAAUUCAAGAAUGGGAAAUAUAUUGGUCUACUAAUGGAGAGACUUUAAUAUGGAAUAGUUGGGUAGAAAAAUAUAAAGAUUUUAUAGAUCCAAAUUAUGAAAAUAAUUUGAAUUCAAAAUAUAACUCUAACAAUGAACAAUUAGUUGAGUCAGAAAAAGAUCAAAGAAUUUCAGAUGGUUCAAAUAAUGAUUUAUUAUGUGAAAGUUUAUCCAAAAACACUGAAGAAUCAAGUGAUAAUUCUGCACAUAAUAAAAUAGAUAGCAUUCAUAAUCCAUGGAAAGAUAUCUGGGACAGUCACUGUAAAGAAAUAUACGAACUUCAUUAUGAGAAAUUUGUGACUUCUUUUUAUGGAAGCCAAAACUUAACAAAUAUUCAACAGAAAUUUACAAAUGUACAGAAUAGGUUAAGUGAACUGAAUUUAGUUGAAUCUGCCGAUCAUAAUGAUUCUUCUUCUGAGAAACAGCAUAAAACAAAUUGUGAAGAAAAUACUGAUUCUGGACAGAAUAAAGUUAAUUGUGAAAAAACAGGUGAUGGUAAUAUAUCAGUGUCAUCUAAUAAUAAUAAUGAUGAUGAUGAUGAUGAUGAUGAUCCUCCUGAAGAAAUUCCAUUUAAAAUCAAAAGAAGUCAUGAAGAAGAAACUGAUAACAAUAAGGAAAAGAAACUGAAAAAAUUGGGAUAUUCUUUAAGAUCUAACAAGAAACAAACAGAUUUUGGAGUUAAAAUUAAUAAUAUUUGUAUUGUUUCUAAUGAAGACAUAAAACCAUUUUUUAAUUUGAAUAAAAAGCCAUAUGAAAUGAAAGACCAGACUUUCUAUCCUUUUGAUAAUGAGCCUACCCCCAUGGAACAAACCUCAGAAAAUGUAUGUUUAGAUCAAAAAGAAAUUUCUGUUAGUGAAGUUCUUCCCUCAAGUCUUUUAUUAACCCAGAAUACAGAAGAGGAUGUGAAUACAAAUCAAAAUACUGUGGAAGAAGUUAUAAGUGAAAAUCAAGAAUUAGUUAACUCUUCUUUAGAAAAUGUGGAAAAAAUAUUUAAAAAGAAGAAGAAAAAAAAGAAAAAGAAAAAUUUUGAAAAAAUUCCAGAUGAAGUAAAGAGUAAUCCAGAACUUUUAAAAUACUGGGCACAGAGAUACAGAUUAUUUUCAAGAUUUGACGAAGGAAUUAAACUUGAUUUUGAAUCUUGGUUUUCUGUAACGCCUGAACGUAUUGCAGAACAUAUUGCUGAGAAAUGUACCUGUGAUUUAGUAAUAGAUGCAUUUUGUGGAGCAGGUGGUAAUACCAUUCAAUUUGCUCUUUAUUGCAAGCAAGUCAUAGCUAUAGAUAUUGAUCCUGGUAAAAUUCUUCUUGCUAAACAUAAUGCAGAAAUAUAUGGAGUUGCUGACAGAAUUGAAUUUAUAAUUGCUGAUUAUUUUCAUCUUGCACCAAAAUUAAAAGCUGAUGUAGUGUUUUUAAGUCCACCUUGGGGAGGGCCUGAAUAUUUAGAAUCUGAAGAAUAUGAUCUGAAUUCAAUGGGUCUUGACUGUAAUCAUUUAUUUGAAGUAACNACCAAUUCUGCAUACUGCAUCAUUAUGGUCAUAUCUAUGUGCGGCGGCAUUGAGGGAUACAAUCGUUGCCAGUGUACAUUCAUUGUCAUCAUGCAGGCCCAGCACCUGGAGAGAUGGGAUACUGAUUUAUACAAGAUGGGAUUAUCAUCAUUAUGUAAACUUGCAAAAUUAAAAAAUUCAAUUUCAUUGAUUGAAAAUAAUGAUAUUUGCUCUAAAAAUACUUACUGCAAAUGUGAAAAUUUUAAUAAUGAAAACUUUGACACAAGAAGUUACCCAAACAGCGGACAUGACUUGGAACGUAGUGAAAUUGAAGAAGAAUACAUGGAAGAAGUUCUAGAAGAUCAAAAAUUGAUGUUAGAAUUAGGUUUACCAAUUCAGUUUGGUAAACAGAAUUCUGCAAAAAUGAAGAAGAAAAAAUCAAAUAGUUGUCAGUGUAUGAAGAAAGAAAAAUACAAUGAUUAUUAUUUAAAUGAAUUUCAUCAAGAAACAAAUUAUGAUUAUUCUACAGAUGAAAUUCAUCAAAGUAAGUUAAUUCAAGAAUGGGAAAUAUAUUGGUCUACUAAUGGAGAGACUUUAAUAUGGAAUAGUUGGGUAGAAAAAUAUAAAGAUUUUAUAGAUCCAAAUUAUGAAAAUAAUUUGAAUUCAAAAUAUAACUCUAACAAUGAACAAUUAGUUGAGUCAGAAAAAGAUCAAAGAAUUUCAGAUGGUUCAAAUAAUGAUUUAUUAUGUGAAAGUUUAUCCAAAAACACUGAAGAAUCAAGUGAUAAUUCUGCACAUAAUAAAAUAGAUAGCAUUCAUAAUCCAUGGAAAGAUAUCUGGGACAGUCACUGUAAAGAAAUAUACGAACUUCAUUAUGAGAAAUUUGUGACUUCUUUUUAUGGAAGCCAAAACUUAACAAAUAUUCAACAGAAAUUUACAAAUGUACAGAAUAGGUUAAGUGAACUGAAUUUAGUUGAAUCUGCCGAUCAUAAUGAUUCUUCUUCUGAGAAACAGCAUAAAACAAAUUGUGAAGAAAAUACUGAUUCUGGACAGAAUAAAGUUAAUUGUGAAAAAACAGGUGAUGGUAAUAUAUCAGUGUCAUCUAAUAAUAAUAAUGAUGAUGAUGAUGAUGAUGAUGAUCCUCCUGAAGAAAUUCCAUUUAAAAUCAAAAGAAGUCAUGAAGAAGAAACUGAUAACAAUAAGGAAAAGAAACUGAAAAAAUUGGGAUAUUCUUUAAGAUCUAACAAGAAACAAACAGAUUUUGGAGUUAAAAUUAAUAAUAUUUGUAUUGUUUCUAAUGAAGACAUAAAACCAUUUUUUAAUUUGAAUAAAAAGCCAUAUGAAAUGAAAGACCAGACUUUCUAUCCUUUUGAUAAUGAGCCUACCCCCAUGGAACAAACCUCAGAAAAUGUAUGUUUAGAUCAAAAAGAAAUUUCUGUUAGUGAAGUUCUUCCCUCAAGUCUUUUAUUAACCCAGAAUACAGAAGAGGAUGUGAAUACAAAUCAAAAUACUGUGGAAGAAGUUAUAAGUGAAAAUCAAGAAUUAGUUAACUCUUCUUUAGAAAAUGUGGAAAAAAUAUUUAAAAAGAAGAAGAAAAAAAAGAAAAAGAAAAAUUUUGAAAAAAUUCCAGAUGAAGUAAAGAGUAAUCCAGAACUUUUAAAAUACUGGGCACAGAGAUACAGAUUAUUUUCAAGAUUUGACGAAGGAAUUAAACUUGAUUUUGAAUCUUGGUUUUCUGUAACGCCUGAACGUAUUGCAGAACAUAUUGCUGAGAAAUGUACCUGUGAUUUAGUAAUAGAUGCAUUUUGUGGAGCAGGUGGUAAUACCAUUCAAUUUGCUCUUUAUUGCAAGCAAGUCAUAGCUAUAGAUAUUGAUCCUGGUAAAAUUCUUCUUGCUAAACAUAAUGCAGAAAUAUAUGGAGUUGCUGACAGAAUUGAAUUUAUAAUUGCUGAUUAUUUUCAUCUUGCACCAAAAUUAAAAGCUGAUGUAGUGUUUUUAAGUCCACCUUGGGGAGGGCCUGAAUAUUUAGAAUCUGAAGAAUAUGAUCUGAAUUCAAUGGGUCUUGACUGUAAUCAUUUAUUUGAAGUAACCAAAAAAAUAACUAAGAAUAUUGCAUUUUUUGCUCCAAGGAAUACAUGUGUUAACCAGCUCAUCAAACUAGCAGGGCCUGGAAACAAUGUGGAAAUUGAACAAAAUCUUCUAAAUAGACGACUAAAGACUAUAACUGCAUAUUAUGGAAAUUUAGUGAAGACUGUGUAAAGAAAGAAAAGUGCAGUUUUGUAUAUAUGUAUGAAAUGUCAUUUUAUAAUAUAAAUAACAUUUUAUAUAUUUAAACCGUUUCAUUAAAAUAAAUCUUUAUUUUAACAUUUCAAUUAAACUAGAUUAAAGAUCCCAAGUAUAAUUAUUAAUUUUA